CUUUCAAAGAACGGGGAGGUUUCUUUUUUGAUUAGUAAACCGACCAUAGAUUGUGGUUUCACAGUGUCUACUCACAGCCUUCAGUGCAUCUCGCCUGUAAUCAGCUUUGAUCUUUCAGGGAGAAAAAAAAAAACUGGUGUGUGUAACACUUCCACGCACACACACCUUCCUUGUUGAGGAGCAUACAGCAGGGAGCACACCCGAAUCCAAGACUUAAAGAUGAAAACUUCUUGGCUGAUCUAUGGAAUUGGGAUCAUUUUUUGCAGCCUAGUUCUGGCGACUGCUUACUGGCAGGAGGAAGAUGACGAGAAAGUUCUGGUGGACAACAAGUGCCAGUGUGUAAAGGUGACAUCCAGAUUUGUUCCAGAUAAAGAGAACCCUGAAGAAAAAGUCCUGGAGAGGAACAUCCGUAUCAUGAUUCCCCUCAACGCCAGGGAGAACAUUUCUGAUCCCACCUCACCCGUGAGAACGAAAUUUGUCUACCAGAUCUCCAAGCUCUGUGACAAAUGCAAUGACCCCCCGAGAACUGUAAAGGGAGUGACGUUCGGCUCAAGCACUUUAUGUGGUCAUCCUCAGGAACCCUGUUACACCUACGACCGGAAUAAGUGUUACACGGCUUCUGCCUUGUUCAGCCACAAGGGGAAAACGUCGACCAUUCAGACAGCCCUAACUCCUGAAUCCUGCUAUCCGGAUUAGACCACACAGCUGUUGUGUUUUGUUGAGCGUUGUGAGCAUGUCUACACCACAGAUAAUGCCCGUUGGUCCUUAUUAUGCCAGUGAUUGCUUCCACAUCUCAUUUCGGGAUGGUGCUGGAGGCAGUUACAUAUCCCAAGCUUCAAAUGUGCAAGGACCACCUCCACUCCUUCCUUUCUCCCCGCCAUUUUGGGCAUCUGUAUUGAUCCAUGGACUAAAAAGUUAUACAAUUAAGAAGGGGGAGAAAGAGCUCAAAUGAACAUUCGAUAUUCUCCCAAAGGAUCCCGGGAAUUGUCGUUUGGCUUGGCUGCUGUGAGAAUUUCCUGAGGGAUCUUACUUCAGAUCUUUCUCUUGGAAGCACGGUCCUCCUGGGUGGAAGAGAGUAGCCAUCUUAAGUCUUUGGUGUAGACAUCCCCCCGUUGCUCUGAAUGCUGAAAAAAACAUUUAAAAGUUGUCCAUCUUUUCCUCUGCAUCAGCAGAAUGCUCCCCCUUGAUUUCUUCCUCACGCUUCUUCCGAUUUAAACCCCUUUCCCCUUAUUAUCUGCAUUCUGUACUUACCCUUUUCAUUCAUUGCAUGUCAUCAAUAAAAAUAAUAUUUCAAGAAA